UCCAGUUAUCAGACGAGUAGAACAAGCAAUUCAAAGUCAGUGCACACUGAUUUUCAACAGGAUUCCCCAACUACUCGAGAGUAACGAGUAGAUUAGAGAAAUAUUAGGAGAAUCGUACAUUUUCACGAGAAAAUCAAAAACGAAAAUGUUUUUCCAGUGUUUAAUAAACGCAGUGAAAUAUGUAAUCGUAACGAGCAUUGUUUACGCCAUAGCUUUGUUUUACGGCUGGGUCACUCUAAUCUCCGUAUCAAUCAAGUGGUUUCGAACGGGGAAUAAAUUUUGGUACGUGAAGGAACGCACCUUGCCACCCCGAUGUCUUAACGAUAUUUCUUACGGCAGACAUGCAUUCAUUCAGCUCCAGGACAUUCGCCUUCAUUAUGUUGAGAAUGGUGACAGAUCAAAACCAUUGAUGUUGCUGGUUCAUGGAUUUCCCGAAUUCUGGUUCACGUGGAGGAAGCAACUCCAACAUUUCUCAAAAACACAUUGGGUUGUAGCUCUGGAUCUCCGUGGAUAUGGUGAUUCCGACCGCCCAGGACGCGUAUCAGAUUACAAAAUGGAAUUACUCGUACAGGAUAUUUACACCUUUGUAAAAGCACUAAAAAGGGACAAAUGCAUCCUAGUUGGUCAUGAUUGGGGUGGUGCAAUCUCUUGGGUCGUGGCCUCCACUUGUCCAGAUCUGGUCGAAAAAUUGGUCAUCCUCAACGCUCCUCAUCCAUCUGCAAUGGCUCUCAAAUUGAAAAGUUCCCUUCAACAAUUCUUCAAAUCCUGGUACAUAUUCUUCUUUCAAUUAAGAUGGAUCCCGGAAUUGUGCUACAGGACGAACGAUCUCCUCGUUUUCGACAAAUUAUUUGGUGACUCCAUAUCCGAGGAAGACAUGGAAGGAUACAAAUACAAUUGGGCGAAGAAGGGAGCGUGGACACCCCCGAUAAAUUAUUAUCGAAAUAUUCUCAACGCCAAGCUUCUUCUGAACCCGAGGGUGCUUCCAGCCGUAGUUGCGCCAUCCUUGAUAGUUUGGGGGGAGAACGAUCUCGCUCUGGAAAAGGAAUUGGCAGAGCUGUCUCGGCCAUACGUGCGGAAUUUACAAAUUGAAUACAUUCCUGGUGCUAGUCAUUUUGUACAACAUGAUAAACCCGAUCUAGUUAAUAGCGUAAUUGAGGAUUUCGUUAGAUGAGGUUCUACAAGUAUUUAGUUGUAAUAAGGAAAUGAGUAAUAAGGAAUGUGUGAUUGAUAUGAUGGUUUUCUUGCUUGGUUGAAUUUGGGUCUGUAAUUUAUUGCGUUGAAUGGCUAUGUAAUAAAAAAAUAUGUGAAAUAAUAACAAUGUCAA